AUGGUCCUGGUGCCAUAUGGGCUCAUCUGUUUCCAUCUGAUCAAACUUUAUACUGAUAAUGAAUCAGCUAACAGAACUUCCCGUAUGUAUAGAUAUGUGGCCUUGUGUGAAGAAGCUAUUGAUAGUACUUCAGACGAAGGCAUGGUUACUUUCCUCAGAGAGUGUUAUGCCAGAAUCUCGCAACCAUUUAGAUUAGAAGAAGACGAUAGCAGUUAUUCUAGCAGCAAGGAUAACGUUGAAAUAUUACCUAAGCCUAGCAUUUUCUAUAAAUUUUCAACUAAUAUUGAUGUCUUCAAAAGUGCUCAAGCCAGCAAAAUUUUCAUGUAG